AUGAGUCGAACAGCUUCAGCCGGUUUCGAUCGUGAUAUAACUAUUUUUUCACCAGAAGGUCGACUUUAUCAAGUUGAAUAUGCUUUUAAAGCAAUCAAUCAAGGUGGUUUAACAACAGUAGCUGUUCGUGGUACAGAUUGUGUUGUUGCCAUAGCUCAAAAAAAGAUUCCAGAUAAAUUACUUGAUCCUUCAUCAGUUACUCAUUUACAUGCCAUUACGCCAACUGUUGGAUGUUUAAUGACUGGAAUGGUUGCCGAUUCUCGAUGGCAAGUACAACGUGCUCGAUAUGAAGCAGCAUCAUGGAAAUAUAAAUAUGGUUAUGAUAUUCCUGCUGAUGCUAUAUGUCGUCGUAUAGCUGAUAUUUCACAAGUUUAUACGCAAGAAGCUGAAAUGAGACCACUUGGAUGCAGUAUGAUUUUACUUGGUAUGGAUGCAGAAAAAGGUCCUAUGUUAUAUAAAACUGAUCCAGCUGGAUAUUUUUGUGGAUUUCGUGCAACAAGUGCUGGUGUAAAACAAACUGAAGCAAAUAAUUUCUUAGAAAAACGUAUUAAGAAAAAAUCAGAUUUAACAUACGAUGAAGCUAUUGAAUUGGCUGUUUCAACAUUAGCUAAUGUACUUUCAACUGAUUUAAAACCAAGUGAAAUUGAAAUUGGUGUUGUCACUAAAGAUAAUGUUAAAUUUCGAGUAUUGGCAGAAAGUGAAGUAGAACAACAUCUAACACCGAUAAUAGCAUUCAAUGCAAUCGCAUCAAGUCCAACGGGACGUGUUUUAUCAAGUCGAAGUGAUCCGUCUAUUCGCGAUCGUUUACCUAAAAUUGAAAUGAAUGCAACAAGUCAUUCAAUUGUAAUGACACUUCAUCCAGCAACAAUUAAUGAUGACACAAUAAAACGUUUUCGUUUACAAUAUGGAAUUAAUUAUCCUUAUCAACAUACAAUUUACAUAAAUAAAAAUCAAACUUCAGUAUUUAUUGAUAAACUUGAACCAAAUCAAAAAUAUAUUUUUUCAUUAAUUGCACUUAAUGAAAAUAAUGAUACAGUGGUUCCGGAACAAUUCUAUGAUUUUCAAAUGCCAUCAGAAGAUGAUGAUCGUCAACCACCAAAAACUCCACUUGAAUUAAAUUUAAUUUCACAUUCAAAAACAUCUGUUGUUCUUCAAUGGACUGAUGUAGAUUUUCCAAAAAAUAUUCGUUUACCAUCAUCACGUCGUUAUAAAAUUCAAAUUAAUGAAUUAAAUUCAAAUCAACAAAUAGUUAAACAACAAGAAAUAUUAACAAAUAAUGAACAAUCAUAUUUAAUUGAAAAUUUAAAACCAUUAACUAAUUAUGAAUUUGCUGUUCGAACACUUGAUGGUGAUCUUGAAAGUGAUUAUUCAAUGGCAAUUGAAUAUUCAAAUGUUAUUUAUCCAAUAAAACAAUUAAAUAUGAUAACAAAUAAUGAUUCAUCAAAAGUUACAUUAACAUGGCAAUUACCUGAUGAUAUAAAUGGUAUUAAAUCAUUUAAUAUUUAUUAUAAUGAACAAGAUGAUAAAGGACAAGAACAAAAAAUAAGUGUACCAGUUGACAUAACACAAGUAACUAUUUCAAAUUUAAAAUCAAAUACAAAAUAUUUAUUUAAAAUUGUUUCUGUUAAUCAAUUUAAUGAUGAAUCAACACCAGAAAUAAGAUUAUAUAAAACACCUUAUACUAUUGAUACCAAUAAUAUAGAAUCAAAUAAAAAUACAAAUCAAAAUUUAUUUGGAUGGCCAUCAAUGGGUUUAUCAAAUAAUUCAUGGCUUCUUAUUUUAAUUGUAUUCAGUAUUAUAUUUUUCUGUAUAUUCUUUUCUGGUAUUCUAAUUUGUUCAAAAUCAAAUUGUUGUUCUUGUUGGUCAGCUAAUAAAAAACAUAUCCAUGAUUCUCCAACACAUAGUCAUCAACGACAAUAUUCUCCCACAAGUAAUACAGCAUCAUCAUCAUUAAUAAAACCAACUGAUUUAUGGGCUGGUGCUGAUUGUUUAUCACCACCAACAGCAACAAUUCGAAAUUCUAAUACUUCUGAAAGACAUUAUGAAACAUCAUCAACGGCUGGUAGUGGAACAUUACAACGAUGUAAUCAUCAUCAUCAUCAUCUUUAUCAUCAUACACAAGAAACACAACCAUUAACAAAUAAUAUUGAAUUAAAUAGUGAUCAACAACGACAUUCAUAUGUACCAUCAAAUGAUGGUUCAAGUUCAAUUGAUGGAAAUACAAGUGGUUUUGCACUAAACGGAAAAUUUAAUACAAGUAUUCGUACAAGACCUAUUGCUGUUGGUGGACAAUUUGAACAACAGACACAAAAGAAAUCUAUGAAAAAUUUACCCAUGGGUACUGCAUUUAUUAUGAAUCAUUCAAAUCUAGUUCAACAACAACAACAACAACAUGUAACUGUUCGACCUAUUCAACAAAAAGCUCAAUAUAUUGUUCGACCUAAUGAACAAUCACACAUGAUUGGAUCAGGUCCAUCAUCACCUGAUUAUCAACAUUCACCAUCAAAUAGUCAUUGUAGUUCAAAUCAUAAUCCAUCAUCAAUUCAAUCGAUUCCUAUAACAGGAACUGGUCUUUAUGAUAAAAUAUCUACUUCAAAUAAUAAUAACAAUAAUAAUAGUGAAAAUUCAGAUAAUCAACGUGCAAUACUUCUUCCAUCAAAACCAAAUUUACGAAGCUUUACUGUACCUGUUGCUCCACCAAUUAUUCCACCACCACCAUCAAUUACAAAUAAACAACAACAAGCUAUCAUUAUACCAACAGCAUCUCAAUAUAAAUCUCCAUUUCGUAGUCCGAAUCGGCCAUUAUUAAAUAAUUAUACAAAAGAAAUUAAAUCAAUAGAUACUGAUGAAAUUGAUAAAAAUCCUGCCGAUGUACUUGAAGAUGUUCGCAAUCAAUUGGGCAAUUUAAUGAAAAAAGAUUUUCAAUGUUAG